CACACUGAGCUGGUGGACGCAUUUAAACGAAAUAAACACAGAAUAUUAGUGCUUUUCAGGGGCGGUUGUGGUGUUUAUUGACACGGAGCCUCUCAGUCUAAAAUGUAUCUUUCACUCUAUGUGGCAGACACGUCGCUUUACACGUUGUUUAGUCGGGUAUUUCGCUCAUAAACAAGCUCGUGUUGCUGGAAAGCUAUCAUAGCUCACUUAAUUCAAAAUGACUCUUCCAACUUUGCACAACACCGGCGUGAUCUACAGACGGAUUUUAUCCCAGUUUCCUCAGGACAUCAGUUUGGCUUUUGCCUAUGGAUCUGGCGUUUUUAAACAACAAGGAACCAACCAAGGUCAAAUGGAGAAGAACAUGCUGGACUUUGUGUUUGCGGUUGACGACCCAGUGACGUGGCACACAAUGAAUCUGCUGCAGAAUCGCAAACACUACUCCAUCCUCAAGCUGCUGGGGCCGAGGAUGAUCAGCUCCGUACAAAAGGAACAUGGGGCAUCUGUAUACUACAACACACUGGUGCCAGUGGAUGGAAGGAUAAUCAAAUAUGGUGUGAUUAGUACAGAGUCUCUCAUAGAUGACCUGAUGCACUGGAAGACCAUGUAUGUUGCUGGACGCCUUCACAAACCAGUGAAAAUGCUGGUGGAGAAUGAGAAUGGAAAGCUCCGUGCUGCUCUGGUGGCCAACCUGAAGAGUGCUGUGACGGCCUCCUUCCUCAUGCUGCCGGAGAGCUUCACUGAGGAAGACCUCUUCCUGCAGAUAGCUGGUCUUUCUUACGCCGGGGAUUUUAGAAUGGUGAUCGGAGAAGAUAAAUCUAAGGUGGCCAAUAUCGUCAAGGAUAACAUUCAGCACUUCCGGAUUCUGUACACCAACAUCCUGCGGGACUGCCCUCAAGUGGUCUACAAAUCUCAACAAGGGAAACUGGAGGUUGACAAAAGCCCAGAGGGCCAGUUUAUCCAGCUGAUGGCAUUGCCUCGGACCCUCCAGCAGAGGAUGACAAAGCUGGUCGAUCCUCCGGGCAAAAACCGAGAUGUGGAGGAGAUCCUGCUGCAGGUUGCUCAGGACCCCGACUGUGGAGCCGUCGUUCAACAAGGUAUUUCAUCUAUUGUGAAAUCCUCCAGCAUAACACAGAGUGUCAAAGGCAUUGCGACAGCUGGCAUGUGGAAGACGGUCUCCUACAGCUCUAAGAAACUGAUGAAGAUGUGGAAGGGUUGGAGGAGGAAGCCGUCCGUCUCACAGAUGUCCUGAUCCUGUUUGUUAACCAGGAAUCCGUCUUUCUCUAUAAACUGUCAGCAAGACAACCGACAUCCAUCCUUUGAUAUUUACCCUGACUAUCUGUGGCUGGACAAAUCACACACUGACCUCCCGGUUGCAUCACUGCAUAGCCUCAAGGAAGGGGAUCACUGAGAAGGCGUCAGUCUGUGUUUGAAUAGUGUAGAACCGUCUGUAGAAACUGCCCUUUUAUCAUGCAGUUCAUAGAAGUUGAAGAAAAAGGGUGACAUUUCAGGAGCCUGACUGAAUUAUGGCUGACAUUUAAUGGAACUACAGAUUGGACCUUUCUGCAUAAUGACUACAGUGACUGGCUGGAGAACUGGCUAUCUGUAGAGCCACAGCACUGAAUCGGUGUGAGCACAGCAUGCAGGAAGAACUACGAGUAUAUAAAGAAAAUACUUUGAUGUCUUCUGUCAUCUUUUGACAGAGAGUGUGCAUUUUUCAUCGUCAGAUGACAGGCAGCUAAGAGAUUGACGUUGAUAUUUCAGUGUGUUAUUUCUGUCUUUGUGAUGAGAGAGCGCUUUAAUGAACAGAUGUGGACUGAUGUUACAUGCACACACACACACACACACACUUGUUAUCGACCCCUCUUGACUCGCCAAAGAUCUCAAAUCUUUCAUCAUUUGACAUUUUAUAGCGGUUUUGAUGUUUGUACUAUAAUUAUGUCAGUGUUCAUGAAAUAAAAAAUAGGAUCACAUUUAUUUUAUGAUAAAAAUGUUGCUCAUUAUGAACAGUUGUCUGCCACCUCAUUGCUGUAAGCAGGUCAUAUUGACGACUGGAGGUCUUUGAUCCUUGCUGUAAUCUAAUUUUACUAAAAGACUUGGGAUUGAUUAACAUUUUAAUACAACAGCAUCCAUGAUUAUUUUGUUUUCAGUUGCAUGAUUUUUUUUCUUCUUUGUAUUAACAUUACUCAAAUUUCUCUUUGCUGAUUGUCAUAAUACAAGAGGAGACUGUUCGUGUCACUUUUUUGGCGUUGUUACUAUUGAGCCAUUUAAUUAGGAUUGCAUGGCUUUACUUACUUAACCGGCUUAAUUCUUAAAUGAUGACGCCUCAGUUUUUUACAAAAUAAUGUAACUAAAAUUAUUAUCACACAACAGAUAUUAGAUUCCCUCUCGAGUUGACAACCCACGAGGAUUAAUGAGGAGCAAACUUGACUGUGAGUAAGUUAUUGUUGUAUUUGUAUUACUUUAUAGUAAAAAACAUAAAUUGUAAUAUUCUUAAGCUUUUUUUUCACUUCCAAUAUUUUGACGUUAUAGCCGGCAAAGCACAGGUGUAAUUAAUGACAUUACUUAUGUUAUUCCCUUUAGUGUCUGUUUUGUGCUCCUGGUCCUUUGCAAUUGGCUCAGUACAUAAGGGGUCUAAAUGUAUGCAGAAUUUGUCUGUAAACAAAUACAGCAAAUCAUAUCACUUAUUGCUUUAAUUUUCCCUCAUAACCUUUUUUUUCAUUUAUCAAAAAGUAUACAUGUAAGUGUAGUCAGUGCUGAUGUAAAGAUAUACUGGUCCUUUGCUGGUCCAUCCUAAUGCAGUCAGUAGUGAAAUUAUCAGUUACUUCCUCGUACUGUCACUUGUUUUUGUUACUAAAUCAUGAGUC